AUGUUUUCAAUCCCCAAAGCAGCCAAGCACUGGCCUACGACGGAAUUCAAGACCCCUAUUCCCCAAUUUGAGCCUGUCACGUUUCCCAGGCAUUUGUUCGGGCGCCCAGCAACGAUCGUCGGAUGGGAGGAUUAUGAGUGGGGAACUCGGUACAAGGAGACUCUGACUAUGAGCGACUUUUUGGAGGCUCACUAUAAGCAUGGCUCGAGGAGUGGCGAUUGCGUAGUGCCACCUUUUUACUACUCAGAGCCGUCUCACUCCGGACCCGAUAUCGUCUUUGUGCUGCGAAUCGAUGAUCAGCUCUACCCUGUGUUUGUCCAGACAAAGCUCCUCGACGAUAUCUCUCUAGGAAAAGUGGAGGAGGCUCGAUUGACAGUACAUCAGAUCAAACUCAAGGCUCAUCUACCGAACUUGGCCGCAUACUGCCCUGGCGGAAAGUACCUGAGCCUGAUUUACGUCCACCCUACGGUUCCAAAGACGCCGCGAGCGGGCUGGGAUGGAUGCAGCUCCUUAUGA